AUGGUUGAUGCUUCUGUGCCAUUUAAUACAGUUAAUUCAGCAUAUUACCAACCAAUGAUCGAUGCUAUUGCAAACAUUGGUGCAGGAUAUAAAGGUCCAAAGUUUGGUAGAGUUCGUGGGUAUUUGUUGAGUAAGUUGGUGGAGGAUGUGAAAAAGAUUAUUAAACGGUAUCGUGAAAUUUGGAAGCAAACUGGAUGUACUAUCAUGGCUGAUAGAUGGACUGAUCGUUGUAGGCACAGUUUAAUUAACUUCUUGGUUUAUUGUCCUAAAGGAACUAUCUUCCUAAAGUCUGUUGAUGCUUCUCAUGCCUCCAAGACUGCUGAAUUAUUGUUUAGGCUUUUUAAGGAUGUUGUCAACUUUGUCGGUCCUGAAAAUGUUGUUCAUAUAGUGACAGACAAUGCUGCAAAUUACGUUGCUGCUGGAAGGUUGUUAGAAGCUGAAUUUCCUAAGUUGUAUUGGUCUCUUUGUGUUGCGUAUUGUAUUAAUUUGAUGUUGCAACAUAUUGGAAAGUUGAAUGAAGUGAGACAGUUUCACAUGCUUCAAAGAUUACUAAAUACAUAUAUAAUCAUUGUCAUCCACUCCUACUCCAAAGAAGCUAAAGCUAAAACAUUUGUCGAUCAAGUUUUAGACUCUAAGUUUUGGAAUCAAUGUACAAAUGUUGUCAAGCUUACUGAGCCACUUGUUCGUGUGCUUCGUAUUGUGGAUAGUGAAGAUAAAGCUGCAAUGGGUUUUCUUUAUCAAGCUUUUAAUAAAGCUAGAGAAGAGAUGGUGAAGAGGUUUCAAUGA